CAGCUUUUUUAAGUAACAGGAGAACGGACCCUCGUCAUGUCGAGUGGUGAUGAUAUAUUCGCUGAACCAAUGCUCGAUACAGAUGAGUAUUUGGAGGAAUACAUGCAGCAAUUGACCGAGCUUGACGAACAAGGUCUAUUACCAGACUUGACCGAGACGUUGAGGUACAAAGUUUACUCGAUUCAAGGAAGCGGCAUUAGUGCCCACAAAUCCAUUGUUCUCUCUACAAAUGACGAGCAAUUCGUCUCUGUAGAGCUUGGUAUCGCCACAAUUAAGGGUAGGAGACAUAUUUACCCAGUGACGAGGAAAAUUGACAAAGAUUUGAAGCCUGAGAUGGAAUACCUCGGAGUGAUCGAAGCCACCGGAGAGGAUCUAAUUGCCAAAGCAAUUGCAGUGAUGAAACAUUUUGGAACGUAUUUCAUGUUUGGCAACAACUGCCACGACUUUUGCAACAGGUACCUUGAGGCCAUUGGAUUAAAAGAAGCCCAAACCGUAACAGACGCGGAUAAAGUGGGUAUAUCAGCAAUCAUCGUCAGCAUCAUUCCAGUUCUCUUUGCCUUCAAGCGCUGACUUGAUGGAACCGUUAAUACUGCCGCAGGCCUUACUUACAUUUCUUUGUUUGAUUCUUUUAUUGACUUUCAUUAUGCUUCU